AUGAUGCAAGAAUCUGGGACAGCGACAACAAGUAAUGGAGCAUUUAAUCAAAAUGGAGGCGCGAGCACAGAGAGCGAUUCCAAGGAAGGACAAGGCAAGAGCGCCACGCCGUCGGCGGAAGUGACUGCAGCCGAUCUCGCGCAUCUCCGACAGCACCAGACUCUCCAGGUAGCACGACAGUUACUUCUGCAGCAGCAGUUUCAACAAAACACUGGCCGCAGUUCCCCCAAAACAAAUGACAAAGACCAAAGCCAACAGGUUCCAGUCUCAGUGGCUAUGAUGACACCUCAAGUGAUAACUCCUCAGCAAAUGCAGCAGAUCCUUCAGCAGCAAGUCCUGAGCCCUCAGCAGCUCCAGGUUCUCCUCCAGCAGCAGCAGGCCCUCAUGUUACAGCAGCAGCAACUCCAAGAUUUCUACAAGAAGCAGCAGGAACAGCUCCACCUCCAGCUCCUCCAACAUCAUGGAGGCAGCAAGCAGAAUAAAGAGCAGCAGGUGUCAGCGCAGCAGUUGGCUUUCCAGCAGCAGCUCCUUCAGGUCCAGCAGGUCCAGCAGCAACAUCUGCUCAACCUUCAGAGGCAAGGGCUGCUCACCAUUCAGCCUGGACAAACGGCCCUGCCACUGCAAUCCCUCACGCACGGCAUGAUUCCCGCAGAGCUGCAACAGCUAUGGAAGGAGGUGACAAAUGCUCACGUGAAGGAGGAGCACAACGGCCACCGGGGCCUGGAUCUGUCCUCGCCGGCCCCGCCAAAGAACCCUCUCCACAACCAGCAUACCCCCACCAACGGCCAGUACAUGAGUCAUAAGAGAGAAAUAUCCACCAUUGAAGAAUGCCACCCCCACAGCCAUCCUCUCUAUGGUCACGGUGUUUGCAAGUGGCCCGGAUGCGAAGCAGUGUUUGAUGAUUUCCAUUCAUUCUUGAAGCAUCUUAACAAUGAGCACGCUUUGGAUGACAGGAGCACCGCCCAGUGUCGGGUGCAAAUGCAGGUCGUGCAACAGCUGGAGCUGCAGCUCACAAAGGACAAAGAGCGUCUGCAAGCAAUGAUGACACACCUUCAUGUGAAGUCGACAGAGCCCAAAGCCACGCCACAACCGCUCAACUUGGUGUCCAACAUUACAUUGUCAAAGUCCAUCCCUCCUGAAGCUUCUCCUCCGCUGAGCCUGCCCCAGACCCCGACCACACCCACAGCGCCGCUCACACCCCUUUCGCAGACUCACUCUGUCAUCACGGCCAACAAUCUCCACAGCAUGGGCCCCAUGCGACGGCGUUACUCUGAAAAAUACAACAUGCCCAUCUCUCCAGAUCUCAGCCAGAACAAAGAAUUUUACAUGAAUGCAGAUGUUAGACCACCGUUCACAUACGCCUCAUUAAUAAGACAGGCGAUCCUCGAAUCUCCAGAAAAGCAGCUAACGCUAAACGAAAUCUACAACUGGUUCACACGAAUGUUUGCAUAUUUCAGACGCAAUGCGGCGACGUGGAAGAAUGCAGUCCGGCAUAAUCUUAGUCUACACAAGUGUUUUGUGCGGGUAGAAAACGUAAAAGGGGCUGUGUGGACAGUGGACGAAAUAGAGUUCCAAAAGAGACGGCCUCAAAAGAUCAGUGGGAGUCCAGCAUUGGUGAAGAAUAUUCAGACAAGCCUUGGCUAUGGGCCGGCCCUCUCCGCUGCAUUCCAGGCUUCGAUGGCAGAGAACAACAUACCUCUAUACACAACUGCUUCCAUUGGAAGUCCCACCCUCAACUCUUUGGCAAACGCCAUCCGAGAAGAGAUGAAUGGAGCAAUGGACCAUGGAAACAGCAACGGCAGUGACAGCAGCCCAGGACGCUCGCCGCUGCCAACUAUGCAUCACAUCAGCGUCAAAGAGGAACCACUGGACCUCGAGGAGCACGAAGGACCUCUCUCCCUGGUAACGACUGUCCAUCACAGUCCCGAUUUUGACCACCACAGAGAUUACGACGACGACCAGGGCCACGAUGACAUGCUGUGAAAGCCGCGCAUCCGUCUGGGAGACGCACAGCGAAUAGCCGUCCGUCUCGGACGCUUGAUUGCCGCCGUCGCCAAGUCCCUCUUGAAUAGUGCCAUAAAAACAUAUUGUGACUCACAAAAACAUGGGUUCUUUUCCUUCCCCGGCCUCUUUUGACAUUUGAAGUCAGAGCAACUUUGAUUUCUACCCAGCGACGGACGGAUAGAUGAGUUUGGUACGCGGCGACACGCUCGCCUCACCGAUGAGAGACCAGAAGGGGACGAAGACCCUCAGCACUCGGGCAGGACGGCGGACUGUGACGGGGUUACAUCUUGCCCUCCUGCUCCUCCCCACCCCCACUCUAUGCCCUCUCCCCACAUCUUGCCUGUGUGAGGACACAUAUUGACAGAGACCAAGUGACUGACAUGUCAAAUCGGGGGAUGUGCUUUCACUGCCUUCAAUACUUUGCAUCACGAUGAGUCCAUCUACUGUGAGAGGGGUGUUUUUUGUUUUUGGUUUUUUUUCGGUUGGGGGACAGUUCAAUUUUAUCAACACAAUGUCUUUCCAUCAGCCAAUGCUGUUAUUGAUGUUGUCUUUUUUUUUUUGUUUGGGUCUUUUCUAUAAACUCAUCAGACCUCAUGUCCAUGCUGUGGAGAUUUUGUGUGUGUUCCGCACUUGAAUGUUUAUGAUUUCCUCUAAUGUUGUUUUAAAAAAAAAAAAAAAUGUCUGACAAUGUAUCAUUUUUCUGUCAUUUACUCUGCCGAAAAGAAAAAAAAAUGUAGCCUAGCUAUUCAUCACCUCAGCGCCCCUUCGCCACCCCUUUUAAUGAAGUCCACUGGCAUUGCAGCAUUCCUAUGAUGAAGGCACUCUCCGUGCAUCCGUGAAGUUUAAUUUAAGAUGUGAAUAAAUGACAGAGAAAUUAUACAGGUUCUGAUUUAUCCUUAUGACAUUACACUUUGAAACAGACCCGAGCACGUUGGGCUGCAACACAAUUUUUGAUCACUUGCAAGCAGUUUAGUGAGGGGGGAAAAAUGAAAAUGUCAGGCGUGCACCAGCAAGAUAAUGAUUUGGACUAAUUCCUGAACAUAGCCACCGUUGUUGAUCAAGUGUGGGUUUCUCCUCGCUGUCAUUUCUAACUUGAGUCCAGAUAAACUUUCUUUCGCUGUGAUUUUGUUCUGACCUGGGUGUUGAUCAUUUCACAGCAGAAGAAGGUUUACUUCAGGAAGGGAAAGAGUCUAAAUAUUUGCAAUUAACUUUGCCCGUUCCAGAUUUUCACACCAAUGAGAAAGGUCUGAAAAUGCACAUUUCCGACAACUUAUCGACACAGUUAGAAAAAUUGGUCUUUUAUGAAUCCCACUUUUGUUUCUUAUUUAUUCUCGCAGUUGUAUGUGGCUUUUGGGGAAUCAUCGGGUGCUAAAAAUUGUGUUCUGACACUACCAAAGAGAUACAAAAUCAAUAACCAUGCAGCAAGUGGAUCAGGCCCAAAAUGGCUUCCUCCUCCAGUUUUCUCAAAUCGCUCAGUCCACUGCGAUUUGUGAACUAAAGGAGGUGUCACAAAAUGGGCUACUGCAAUAACCAAAAAAUAAUGAGCCAGAGGCUUUGACCAGCCAUUCCGACCAAAUUAGGGAAACAUUUUGUCUACGUAAGUGCGGUAAAUAAUAUUAUUAAUAUUAUAGAGGAAAGGAGAGGAACAAAAUUACGAAAUCUUUGCUAAGACCAUUUUAGACAACUUUCUUGACUUCAAGUGGACCACGGAAAUCAUGCCAUGUUUUGUUUCGAUAUUCCAUGUUCAUGUCUCUGUUUUUGAAUGAUUCUAUGCCUGUUUUUGCUUCCCGACUGGCUUCCAAUGUACCCUAACACAGAUGAGACGUUCUGAUUGUUUUUAAGUUUCUGUAUUACUUUUUAUAUUAAAAACAAAGCACUCAAUUCAAUUUAAGAUGGGCAGAAGGUACUUUGUGACAGAUGCGUUUAAUGCUCAUCCCCCCCACCCCCCCCAAAAAAAAAAAGUAGAAGAGGCCAAUUUGUCCAAACGAGGCAUCACAGUGUCAGUACCAGUCUGGCAGAUGGUGAGAGCAGUCCGAUUUGCCCGACAACCUCUAGUCCCAGCCUACAAGUGAAGAAAAUUGUUGAGUGGAAUUUACUUAAUUUUAUUUUGUCAAAUGGUUGUAAAAAAUAAAAACAUCUGGAUCCAGAUACAUUUUGUUCAGUUUUUUGCAAUCAUUUGACAAAAUAAAAUUGAGCAAAUUCAACAAAAAAUAUUUUUGGUGUUUAGUAAAAGGCAAAAAUCAUGUGGAGGAUAUCUUCGUGGUUCGGUCUUUGAUUUGCUCAUGCAUCAAGCACUCGGUUGCGCUCGUGUGCGUGUGCGUGUGUGUGUGUAUGUAGGUGUGUGUGUGAGAUGAAGCAAAAGAACGAUUUUAAACAAUUAGCUUUCUGAUGACUCAGUUGAAUUUUUAUUUUUUUCCCCUUCUGUCAAGAGAUAGAUUUGUGCGUUCUCAACAGUAUUGGGAUAUCAAAUUGUGCCGCACAUGAAUUCAACUUCGUAACUCUUAAUUUAAACAAAUCAAAAAAUCAUCAUGGCAGAUUUGGGGGCUGGCUGGCUAGCUGGGCAGGAUCCUCCUCCCAAUUUGGGAUUUUCAACUGUAAUAUAGGAACAGAAUUUUCUCUGUUUUGGUUGACUUUUGAAUUUUUUUGUACAGACUUUCCCUUUGUUGUGUUUUUGAUACUUCCUUUGAAUGGUCCAACCACUGCCUUCUAUGUGAAACGUGCAAAAGGAAGCUUUCUCUUUAAACGGAGACGUGUUGCAUGACAAACUCUCGGCUCGUGUAGAAGGAAGGGUCUUAUGGUGGAAGUGGCCCCUAAAAAUAAAACAAUGAUAAUUUUAUAUGGAGUUAAUAGGAAAAAGACAAAUAUGCAGUGCCAAGAUGUAAAAGAUGUAAAGACUAUUGUUAAAUAAUGUCUUCUUUGUUUUUAUUUUUUAAAGGAGAAUUAUCAGUGGUGCAUCAGAUUUGCCCUCCUCAUCAGCCUUUAUCGUUGUUGUUUAUUUUCUGAUUUAAAGUUUCAUUGUCGGUGGGCAGAGGUUAUUAUAGAAUCUUGUCGCAUAGUUCCAUCGCCGCCAAACAUUCAGUCCGCUUCUUGGAUUUCAGCCUCUCUUACCGUGCACUUUUUUGGUGGGUCACGGGGCCACGUUCUCAUCUUGCCGCUCGGUCUUUCUUUUCUUUUAUUUAUUGGAGGAUGAACUAUGUUGUUUUUUUUUUUUUUGCGCAUCGCUUCCACGAAUGUGUCACCUCCUCAUUCCUCAUCUAACCGAUGCAGACCACUCUGUUGUAGUCAGUGCCAACUACUGACGUGAGCGUUCUAAACAUGCAAUAAAAUGCUGGUUGUAAAGUC